CUUGCUAGUUUGUGGAUCGGCGCACCACUGGUUCGCAAAAUAUGCGCACCGAACCACACCGCGAACCACACCCGGUGUGGAUCGCGGUGUGGUGCGCUGGGUUUUCGGCUUUUGCUGGUGUAGUUCGCGGUGUGGUGCGCUGGUUCGUAGCUGUGGUUCGCGGUGUGGUGCGCUGGCUCGGAGGUGCGGUUCGCUAUUGUUAAUCGCAAAUGAACCUUUAAACCUUUGGCACCAUUUUAAGCUCUGGUAAAAAUUUGGCUCAAGAAUGAUUCAGUAUUUCGUUUUGGACGUUUUUUUUUACUUGCAGUGUCCAAAAUUGUCCAAUAAGACAAUUUGCCUAUUUGCUACAGCUUCUGUAUUCAUGCCGUUUUGGUAAAUGCAUUUUCAGAUACAAUGUCCUUUCAAUUUUGGGAAAUGUAAUUCGCAAUACCACGAAAUUUGAGGAUAGCCUUUUACUAAAUAUGUGGUAUUAUAUACGAACACAUGCAAACAAAUAUAUCUUACGUAUAUAUCUUGAGAAAUCAAUCAUAAAUUCUCUAAAUCGUGCCGUGUCAUACUGUGUAUACAUAAUAUGCUCAAACUCAACAGGAAUAGCAUCUUCCAAUAAAUAAUCCAGCAAUACAUUUUGGAGCUCCGAACUUUGAGGUCCAAAAGUGGUUAAAACCAUUUUUGGACUGCUAUUUUGGCCGGUAGUUACAACCACCACGAAACACUGGAAUAAUUAUAAAAAUAUAUUUACUAUACAAAAUAAUAAAAUGUUCCAUUCUGAAUUGAUAAAACUGGUGAAAAUGUGAAAACGUAGAAUUUUAAUAUUUAUGUAUGGGGAAAGUUUUUUACAAGUCACAGUAUUGUUUAAACAUAACAUGUGUGUUUGUCGUAUCUUUAAGCAGUCAGUGAACCAUUGGUUCGCAAAAAAUGCGCACCGAACCACACCGCGAGCCACACCCGGUGUGGAUCGCGGUGUGGUGCGCUGGGUUUUCGACUUUCGCUGGUGUGGUUCGCGGUGUGGUGCGCUGGGUUUUAGGAUUUUGCUGGUGUGGUUCGCGGUGUGGUGCGCUAAGUUUAAGACUUGGCUGGUGUGGUUCGCGGUGUGGUGCGCUAAGUUUAAGACUUGGCCGGUGUGGUUCGCGGUGUGGUGCGCUGACCCAAACUAGCAAGUCUGUAAUGACUGUGCAUCAUGGAAAUCAAUGAAAUUAUAAAUGACGCUUUGACGUUACUGUCGCAUGCUAAGAUCAACAAUUUUUAAGAAAAAUAUUUGUCCAUUCUGCAUGGCAUUCAAUCUGACGAAUUGAGAUGGGACGUACUGCGCCAAGUUGAAAUCCCAUUUCUCGUGCCAACUGAUUUUUGCACUUGUUAUUUUUUGUUUGGGACGGAAAUUAUCAGGAUUUUCUGCUAAAUUUAUGGGGUUUGCAAUCCUUCGUCCACUUCAAAAAGUUAAAAUCUUGGGGUCCUACCUUUCUCUGCCAUUGAGAAACCAUUUUUGGAGUGCAGUCGGUGGUACCCUGUCUCCUCCCUCCUCCUCCUCCCAGCAAUUUCAGUCUCUCCAGACGUGUCCCUCUGCGGAAGAAACUGAGAUGAAUGCAGAACAAGAUGGUGUUGCGCCCAAAAAGCGACUUCGGACUGCGUCAGAAAAUUCAAACUCGAAAAAACGUGCAGCAGCAAAACGGAAGUUAAACCUUUGUCCAUCUUUAAAUAAGGGAAUGACCAUACUUGACAAAUCUGCGUUUGACAAGAACAUAGCCAUCCCCACGGUCCUGAUAUACGAGGAUCAAUUCCACCCAGCAGUCAUUCGCCACGUUAAACCAUAUUUACUGAAAACCCCCGGAAUUAAGGCCAUCCAAGAACCAAACCAGCAGCAAUCCUCUGAUGAAAACAAUUCGUCUAGAAAGACAAGAAGAAUCUAUCUUAAUCCUGAUCUCUUUGAGGGGAAAAAUUUAGUCGACAAUGUUGGACAAGAGCUUAAAUUGGACCCCAAAGUUUUAUACACCAUUCGCCAAGACACCAUCAAAUUUACAUACGACAAUUGGUCAUGGAAUCAGAUUCUUGAAUCUGUCCUUCCAGAUGAUGAAGACAAGCUAUCGAGUUUUUCUAGCAUUGGCCAUGUUCUUCACCUGAACCUUCGUGAUCACUUAUUACCGUACAAGGAAUUAAUAGGACAAGUUUUGCUGGACAAGAUAUCAAGGGCUAAAACUGUUGUCAACAAGUUAAACAAUAUUGACAACGCAUUUCGAAAUUUUCAAAUGGAAAUUAUUGCUGGAGAUUCCAACACUGUUGUGCAACUGAAAGAAAAUCGAUGCGAGUAUGAAUUUGACUUUAAAGAUGUUUACUGGAACUCUAGACUCUCGUCCGAGCAUGAGAGAAUUGUAAAGAUUUUGCAACCAGGGGACGUGAUGUACGACGUGUUUGCCGGAGUUGGUCCAUUCGCUGUCCCAUCAGCCAAGAAGAAAUGCUUCAUUCUCGCCAACGAUUUGAAUCCUGCCUCGUUCCAAUGGCUUCAACGAAAUGUCACCAAAAAUAAGGUGCAUGGCUUUAAAACAGCAGGGCUCAUAAUCAUCGGGGACGAGGUUCUAAAGGGACAAGUGGUCGACACCAACUCACACUUCAUAUGCAAGCAUCUCUACUCCAUGGGAGUGAAAGUUGUUAGGAUUUCUGUCAUUGGUGACGGCAUUGAAGAGAUAGCCCACGAAGUAAAACAGUUUUCCUCGGCGCAUGACAUUGUGAUCACAACUGGUGGCGUGGGACCGACUCACGACGACAUGACGUACGUAGGUGUAGCAAAAGCAUUUGAGCAAGAGGUGCAAGUUCACGCGGAAAUGGCGACAAUGAUUGAUAAGUGGUUGGGCCAGCGGGGCUUAAAAAGAGAGGUGAUUAUGAGAAUGGCCCAACUGCCCGUGGGUGCAAAAUUAAUCUUUGACCCUGCCUUACCUCCUCUCGAAAGCUUCCCCAUUGUCACUCUUCAAAAUGUCUACGUAUUACCAGGUGUACCAAAGUUUGUGGAAAAAAUGUUUCCCAGAAUGAAAGCAAUUUUAACGACUGGUGACGACGACAAUUUAUUUCACAACACACAAAUUUAUGUGAACAAAGAUGAACUUUCCAUUACUCACGAGAUCGAUUUAGCAGUGACAAAGUUUAAAGAAACUGUUACAUUUGGUUCUUAUCCUGUGGACAAUCUCUACUAUUCAACCAGAAUCACGAUGGAGUCCCACAACCCGGAGAAUGUCAAGGAGGCCAAAAACUUCCUGACCGGACUAAUGCCGCCCAACUCUGUGAUCGAAUAUGAUGCUCAACCCCUCGAAACGUCUACCACCAAAGUCUAUGAGAUUUACGACAACCCAGAUCAUGAGUUGUACCAUGUGAUACGACAAGCCGUGUCGACGGUAGAGGAAGCGUUGGACAAGUUCUCGUCCGCUGACAGCAUUUGUAUCUGCUUCAACGGAGGAAAAGACUGCACCGCUUUGCUCCACAUUUUCCAUGCUGUCGUUCAAAGAAAGUUUCCAAAUCGGUCCAACAAGGAAAAGCUGAACGCCCUUUGCAUUCGCUCUAAGGAUCCGUUUCCAGAAAUGGAGACGUUUGUUCAAGAAUGUGCUACUCGAUACAAUUUGAAGCUUUGGACGUACAACGGACCAAUUUUGGAUGGUUUACGACAAGCUUUGUCAGAACAUCCGGAAAUGAAAGCAGUGCUUAUGGGAACCAGACGGUCUGACCCAAGUGGAAAAAAUCUGACGUUCUUCCAGAUGACGGAUUCUAGCUGGCCCCAAGUGAUGCGCGUUUCGCCCCUUCUCGAGUGGAGAUUCGGAGAUGUCUGGAAAUUCAUCCGUAGUUUGACUCUGUCCUAUUGUCCAUUGUAUGACCGAGGGUACACGUCGAUCGGAAACCGAGGAAAUACAUUGCCCAACCCGGCCUUAGCCUACACGGAGGACGGGAAGGAGCGGUACCGACCAGCUUACACCCUUCCGGACUGCACUGAAGAGCGAAAUGGGCGUCAAUGAAAUGGGAAAUGAAUAUGAAUUACAUUUUUGAAGCACGCUAGCACCUACUCAAAUUGGAAAUCCUUUACAUAAACUAGAAAAUACGAUUAUAGCACUUUCAUCUAAGAAAUUAACAGGAAUAUUGUGUAUACAUUGACUCAGGUGUGCUAACAGUAUUAUGUACGUGCGUUCAUCAUAAGUCAGCAAGUAUAACGUUGGACACCACCAGCUUCACAAAUUCGGUCGUAUUCAUUGCUUUCUCUGGUCUACUUCUAGCGAGCAGUCUCUUACACUCUCGUGUCACAUUAUUAGUCAUAAAACUUACGGAGAUAUUGUACGUACCUGUUUGUAAAAUUUUAAUUUUAUUACUGUUCCUAUCAUGUUGUCUGAUGAUGUUAUCGCUAGGCAAAUGAUUGGCAGUCAGUCCACGUGCCUUAAAUGUAAUAAAAUGACAUGGAUUCUCUCUCUCUCUCAUCCACUCUUGCAGCCUUCGCUGCACUUUCUCCGCACAUAAUUGGAAUUAUCUACCCAUCGUAGACCUAUCUUAGAUUUAAGCGACUCUUUCCUCUGUAAAUUUCUAGUGAAGGAUGGAUUUAUAUAAUUUCUUUCGUAGCAUUUGAAAACAUAUGUACGUAAUGCAGGCUUAUUUAAAUUUUGAAAUUAUUUGCUAUAUCUUUAAACGCGUAAGUAUGUACACCGUAAUUCAGCAGAAUUGAAACCUCAAUUUGUAUAUUAUCGGAAAAAAUAGAGCAUAAUUAACCUAUUAUGUGACUAAAGUAUACAGAAAUUUAUUGUAGCUUAACAUUUGUUGUGCAUUGAAAUCAUUGAAAUCACAAGUAAUUCAAUUAGUGCAAAUAUUACACGUCAUUUGUAUCUCGUAUCUACUAGUAAGUAUAACGCCACACAGUUGACAGCAGUGUAUAAUUCCAUCGCGUUGCUUAUGCCACCAUGUAAUUUUGACAUAGGCAACGGUCAGUCUCUUGACUUAUCAUGUAAGGAGAAUACAAUAUAGUUUCAGAUAAUAAUACGUAUCGACACACUGAUGAAUUGUGAUGUAUUUAAUUUUUUAAGCGAUUUUUAAAGUAGCAGUUUCAUGAAUGGUGUUAUAUCUAAAAAUUGAAUUAACAACUCUAAACGUUUGAAAAUAAACAAAUUGAAAUUA